GGAUUGUUCCCGUGUUUUACCUCUAAGGCUGCAAUCUAUGCGACAUUUCUCCACUUAGUUGAUGUAUUAUGACCAAAAUGUAUACAAUUUAUUCAUAUAUAGGUAUUUAAUGAACCUUUAAAUCGUCUUGGACUUCAACAUCCGUCCAUACAUGCUUUUUUUUAAAUUAAAGAACACUCACCCUGCCAGUCUAAGUGUAGGGUUUACAAGUACACGCCCCCAACGCCAACUGUUUCCGGCUGUCCGGUGACAAAAUAAACAUCUCAAUUGCAGAAUGGUCUGUAAGCUGCCCUGAACACAAUGUGGAAGUAGUACUUAAAAGCCGUAUAAGAUGAGUGUAUCUUAACAGGAAUCGCCAAAUUCCACUGGACCUCUGUCUACUUUGACGCUCAACCAUUUAAACAGCUGACCUCCACCAUGACUGCUGUAAUCAGGGAAUCUGCCCGUGUCCCGGUCCGAGUAGCUGGUGAUGGCAUGGAAACGGAAAAAAAACCCUCCAUCUUGGAGGUCAGCACAGACAAGAUGCCACUCGGCCUGGCAUCUCUUCCGCCUCUGAAGGCAGCAAGCCCCAAACGUAACACCAAGUCUUCCCCACCCCCUCGCCGUGUCGCCCCGCAACCUCUCGGUGUGCUCCACCUGGGCAAGGUGUGCAGGGAGGCCUGCACCGAGGUGGAGGCUGUAAGGAUCCUUAUCCCUCGUGCUGCCAUAAGUAGAAGUCGCCGUGCUGCUGAGGUGAAAGGAGACGCAGAGCAACAGGCGGAGGAGCGAAGUUCAUCCCCGCAGCCUGUGGUGGAGGACUGGAGAGGCCAGCUGGAGAAGCUUCAGAACUCCGAACGCAGGCUGUUGCAGGACAAAGAGGGCCUGUCUAAUCAGCUGCGUGUGCAAACCGAGGUCAACCGAGAGCUCAAGAAACUGCUGGUGGCAUCUGUGGGCGAUGACCUGCAGUACCAAUUUGAGCGUAUGGCACGUGAGAAGAACCAGCUCAUUCUUGAGAAUGAGGUUCUGGGUCGAAAUUUGUCGCACACGGCAGAGCAGCUGGAACGCAUGAGUAUCCAGUGUGAUGUGUGGAGGAGCAAGUUCCUGGCCAGCAGAGUGAUGGCGGAGGAGCUGACAAAUGCCAGAGCGGCUCUGCAGCGCCAGACCAGGGAGGCACAAGGAGCCAUUCAAGACCUUUUGUUAGAGCGAGAAGAGUACUCGAGAGAAAUGGUGCUCACUCACAGAUCUCUGGAGCAGCUGCUGGUGUCUCUGCAGUGGGGCCGACAGCAGACGUAUUACCCCAGCGCACAGCCGCUCGGCACAGGGGAGCUGGCAGCCGCCAAUCACAAGCUGGCAGACACCAUCAACUCUCACCUGUUGGGCAAGAACACCAGCAUUGGGGUGAGAAGCAACAGCGCAGCGUCUGAGCAACUCUGCAGCACACCUGCCGAGAAGAUGGCUGAGAAGGUGCUGAAGAUACUGGAUCCAAUCUCCUGCACAGAAAACCAGGCGGAGUCGGCGCUAAGUGACUCGGCUCCCUCAAACUUCCUGAGCAAUAACAAGAAGAGCAUCGGCAGGUUCCACCCGUACACUCGCUAUGAGAACAUCACCUUUACCUGCUGCGAGCGCUGCACUGGAGACAUCCUGGUGCUGUAGACGACAUUAUCGCCAAGCACGUUGGAUUUCAUCACUUUUUGGGCACAUUAUUCUCAAAAUAACCCAUUUGCUGUAUUUUAAAUGCCAACAACACGUGCUGUCCAAAGUGUCUGAGGUCACGGAUGAGAGUGUUUGUACUUUAGGUCAAAAAUGUCAUCAAAUUUUCCCUGAUCAUUUAUAUUUUCUUAGGGCAAUACUGUACAUACUAUCAUCUAUGACAGGGGUUUCCAAACUUUUUGACCAAGCGCGGCAUAACGAAAAGUCAAAGUAUACGGGGGCCAUUUUGAUAUUGUUUUAUUUUGUUUAAAAUAAAUGCUGGAAACAGACAUAUUACAUAUAAACAGAUGACAUAUUUAAGACAAAACUCGUGCUAUAGGUGACGAAGUGUACUUUCAUUAUUUCUGGGGUGUCCAAAGUGCGUCAUUUGCAGACCUAAGCUCCAGUUUUGUUGGCCCGCAACAUACUGACGUAAAAAAAAAGAGGGAAACAACAAUGUAAAGAGAAAAAGAUGGCCUUUUGAUACUAACAAUACAAUUUGUCACCUAUAAGAGUGGUCCCCAACCACCGGUCCAUGACACAUUUGCUACCGGGCCGCACAGAAACAUGAAUUAAUUUAUAAACUACCGCAUUUUCUCUGACUUAACUUUCGCCUGUCCCACUAAACACACCAAUAAGCUUGUUUAUAGUUGUAUAUUACAACUCCUUUGUUAUAGUACAUGGGACAAUGCACAUUAAUAGACAUAUAGAAUGUUAAUGUGCCAGAUUGGAGCUAAUUUGUUGGCUGUUUUUAUCUGCCACACGUACAAAGGCGGUCCGUGAAAAUAAUGCAUACAUUAAUACGGUCCCCGGUGAGAAAAAGGUUGGGGAACCCUGACCUAUAACACAAAGCUAACACUAAGUUUUGAUAUAUAGUGUGUUUGUAGCAUUCAUUUAUUUUUACAAAUUAAAAAAAAUAUCAAAAUGUCACCCACAUACUUAGACUUUCAAGUUUUGUAUUACAUUUUCAGCUUUUUUGCUGAACUUUUUUACAGUUUCCCCCCCCCCCCCCCGACAACAUGUUGCAGGCCAAUAAAACUCGAGCUGCGGGCCGCACUUUGGACACUUUUGAUCUCUGACAUUUAGGAAGAAUUGUGUGAACUGAAGUGUUAUAUUAUGUUAAGGCGGCAAUGAUUAAUUUGACUAGUAAAAAAUAUUUGAUCCAAAUAUUCGUAGAAGUUUUUAAUGAGUAUGACUAUUAGAAAUGGAUGAAAAUCGGACCACAUUGAGUGCCUGUAACUUUAUAACAAAAACGUAGUCUCCGCGUACGCGCUGCAAUAGAGCGUUCAUGAGAGUGGUGGUGUGUGGGUGCUGUGAUCUUUUUUUUUAUUUUAACUAUUUAAAAGGGCAAUUUCAAUGAUGAUAUGCAUUUAUUAGAAGACUGAAUCAAGUUUAUGGCAAGCAAGAACAUUUUUGUUUAUUUCACCUAAAAUACGCAUUCAUGCUUUAAAGUGUGUUGUAUUCGAUUACUGGAUCAAUGGAACAGACUGCAGCCCUACUAUAUAUUAUAAUAAGCAUUAUGUCAUACCAGGGUUUUUUAUGAGAAUUUGCAACUUUUUUUUUUACUUUUAGGACUUAUCCUUAAAUGUUUGGAUGAACAACUAUUGAACAUAUCCUGAGUUUAUGAAUAGAUGUAUUUAUGACAAAACACUGAAUUUAAAAUUUUGCUUUUUGAA